AAAUCCCGAUGGAACUCGACUCGUCAGAUAACAACGAGGAGGCUCAAUCCCAAUAAUCUCACCUCUUUUUUACUUACCUACAAAUGAUAAUAGGUCAAUUGAUAUCAUCUUAAUAUCUAGUCCCCAAUUGGGCUUUAUUUGAGGCAUUUUUAUGAGUUCUUUAUCCCAUUGAAUAGAUGUCGCGCGUCUAGCCAUUGGAAUUUUGCUUCAUCCGUCACGGUAACGAUGGCGAAUCUCCAGCUUGGGUUAGAAGUAGUUUUCUACCUCUACCCAGUUGGAUUGUUCGUCGCGCUAUAUUCUGGCCAAGCCAUCGCGUAUAGAUACCGAAAUGUCCCCAAAGCCCCCGCCACCGAUGUCGCCGGCGCGGAAAAGAUCAACCGAUUCUAUGCCAGAAUAUUAUGGUGCUUGCAACUCCUCUUAACUCCUCUGUUGCUUGCUAGUGUGAUAUUAGUGCUUCGCGAUGCCUUAUCUAGUCCGGAUGAAGCCGAUGAGAAUAAGGCGGCUUUCCCAUAUAGUGCUUACCUGGCAUCUUACAUAGGAGUGUUACUCUUUUUUCUGGCUGGCCUACUGCCCGACCCAGACGGUCCAUGGUCACCCACUGUGUCUCAUAGCUACGCCUGGGUCAUUGGCAUAUUGUUCGACUUUGUCAUCAACGCCGUCUUCCUUUCCGAACAUGAGCUGAUAUCGCUCCCGUAUCCCGUGAUCAACUCACUGUUUAGCUUGGGCAUGGCCAGGGUGGCGGUGCUUGCGCUUAUGGUAAUCGUGUUAAUUCGGCGGCAGUACUUACUACGACCCGAAAGAGGCUCUGCAGCUGAAGGUCGGUCCCUACUUGAGAGUGGAGAGGGACCCACGAACGGUUAUGGUGGGGUCAAUGGCAAUUCUGCGGCCCGCACGGCCAAGAAAAGGUCUGGCCAGACUACCAGCUGGUUCGAUUACUUUGUAGGAUUCAAAGUCCUGUUUCCGUACUUAUGGCCGUCCGAUUCUCCACUCCAUCAAGCUACGGUCAUCGUAUGUGUUCUACUUUUAGUCUGCCAAAGAUUGGUCCAAGUUGCUGUCCCGGUUCUCCUCGGCAGGCUUGUCGAUGCCCUUGGCUAUGGCAAAAUACCUUAUAGGGAAAUUGUACUUUACAUCGUCUUCCGGGGUCUUCAAGGUAACCAAGGUCUCAUCGGCGCCGCUCGAUCAGUUUUGUGGAUACCCGUAUCGCAAGGCUUAUUCCGACGACUAUCAUGUGCUGCUUUCGAGCAUGUCCUCGGCCUUUCUAUGGACUUUCAUCUAAGCAAACGUAUCGGUGAGGUGACGAGCGCUCUUGGCCGCGGUGCUGCGAUGAACACAUUCUUGGAAAACUUCCUAUUUCAGGUAUUCCCAAUGUUGUUCGACAUCUUCGUGGCGGGCGUGUAUUUCUUUUUCCAGUAUGAUGCGUUCUACACUCUCACCGUAUUCAUAAUUAUGUGGUCUUACAUCUUCUUGACCAUUUAUAUGGCCAAGUAUAGAAGCACUCAAAAACGGGAUAUGGCAACCAAAGCCCGUGAGAUCGAUGCUACCAGGACGGAUGCCAUCAUGGCAUACGAGACUGUGCAACAUAACUGUGCUGUAAAAGCUGAAACGGACAACUUUAGGAGCCAGGUUACUGUAUAUCAGCGAGCCGAGCGUCUUGUCCAACUAUCAUUGAAUCUCCUCAACGUGACCCAGAGCUCUGUUUUCACCUUAGGGACGGCUUUGAUAGUGGCUAUUUCCGCAUACAAAAUAUCUCAUGGCCAACAGCGAGUCUCUGAUUUCGUCACACUGAUCACAUAUUUCGCGCAGCUUCAAGCCCCGCUGGGUUUCUUCGGAACUUACUACACGAUGCUUCAGAAUAAUCUUAUUGAGGCGGAACGUAUGCUCGAUUUGUUCAAAGAAACCUCCGGUGUUGUCGAAAAGCCCGAUGCAUCUAACCUCGACUCAUGCGAGGGUGAGAUUGAGUUCCGCGAUGUAAAGUUUUCCUACCAAGGAAAAGAGGCAGCGUUAGAUGAAGUAAGCUUUACUGUCGCGCCUGGAACCAAGACUGCUCUCGUCGGAGAAUCCGGGAGCGGGAAGUCAACUUGCUUGAAGCUGCUGUACCGUUUUUAUGAUGUUGGUAGUGGUGCUAUCAUGGUUGAUGGCCAGGAUAUUCGUGACUUGAAACUCGAUAGCGUCCGGAAACACAUCGGUGUCGUCCCCCAGGACACGGUAUUAUUCAAUGCAUCCAUCAUGUACAAUCUUCAAUACGCAAACCGCAAUGCGACCGAAGCCGAUGUUUUUGCUGCGGCUAGAGCAGCCAAUAUCCACGAACGUAUCUUGGCUUUCCCCGAUGGUUACGAAACAAAAGUUGGCGAAAGAGGCCUCAAAUUAUCUGGAGGCGAACGUCAACGAAUUUCUAUCGCACGCGCACUUCUAAAAGAUUCCCGCAUCCUACUUCUAGAUGAGGCCACGGCGUCCCUCGAUUCCCACACCGAGAAACAAAUCCAAGAAGCUCUUGAACGGGUAACAGCCGGUCGCACAACCGUUACCAUAGCGCACCGUCUUUCUACCAUUACGACUUCAGACCAGAUCCUGGUGCUCCACCGCGGAAAGAUCGUCGAGAGAGGUACCCACGCCGAGCUCCUGGAAGCUCAGGGUAGAUACUACGCGAUGUGGCAGAAACAGACCACGACAGAAGAUAAGAAAACCGCAGGAAACGAAGCCGAUAAGGAGGGAAAAGAACAGGCCUCGGGGGCAAAUUAAAAUGAUAUAGAAUUCUCAACGGCGUAUUAGAUGCGCCUCGUUUCAACAGAUGUAAUAGAUUUCAUAAAUCGACCCAUAAAA